AUGUCCACACAAUCGCGUCCUUCCCCGAUCCCCUCGCCUGGCCGUGCGCGUUCGUCGCGUUCCGUGCGCCGCUCCAUCUCCCCACGCGAUGAGCCCAAGAGAAGUGUCACGCGCAGUCCAGUGCGUGGCCGUGAUCGCUCAAGCCGGACUCGCUCUCCCUCCCGUGGUCGAACACCAUCCCGCAGUCGUAUGGGCGGCCGUCGAUACCGGAGUAGAAGCUUCAGCCGGACCCCUUCCCCGAACAUGAACCCUCCCCUGAGCUCCAAGAUCGUCGUAGAGAAGCUUACAAAGAACGUUACCGAGGGUCACCUUCGCGAAAUCUUUGGCAGCUUUGGGGACAUUGAAUACCUCGACCUUCCGAUCAACCGAGCUUUCAUGACAAAUCGAGGUACCGCCUACAUUCUGUAUUAUGACCCUGCAGACGCCGAAGCAGCCAUUGCCCAUAUGCACGAAGCUCAGCUGGAUGGAACUACCUUGAAUGUCUCGAUUGCCCCGUCCGCUCGAGAUAUGGACAUGGUUCGUACGGCGGCAAAUCAUCUCCUCCACCACGAAGACAUGCUCCACCCCGGCCUACGGAGCGGCAUGACAUCUAUCGGCCUCAAUCGGUGUCGAGAUCGCGGUCUCCUGUACGCUCUCGGUCCUAUUCCUCAUCCCGCUCAAGGUCGCCGCCAAGGCGAAACAGUCUCCGCACAGGAAGCCCCCGGCAUCGCAGGCGCCGAAGCCCCAGUUACAGCAACUAUAGUAGUCGCAGUGAUCGAAGUCGCAGUCCAAACAAGACUCGAAGCCGAGAUUGAUACGACAAAGCCAUUGUCCCUCAUGUAUUAA